CUGUCCACAUCGGAGGAUGGUCUGUACAAGGUACUGCAAAGCUCUGCAGUAACUCGGGGUAUGUCAAGACUUCUGCCAUGUCCAUCUGUGGACAACUGUUGUGAGCGCGUACGGAAACAUGCUUAAAGCAGGAGUAAUGGAAGAAGCGGGAGGGGAUAGUUCCUCAUACCAGUGCAGGAGUGUUUUGCCUUCUGUUUUUGGAGCUCAUUCCAGCCGGAUUGCAUCAGCGUCAACCGCAUACUCAAUAGCAAACCGGACGAACCCUCUAAGCUCCGAUCAUUCAAUAACACAAUUUCCACCUCGGGCAGGCUCAACAGCCUCUCCUAACACGUCUAUCGGUUACGGUUGUCAUUUUGGAAAUAGUUAUUAUGGUUACAAAAUGCCCCACGGUGUUGGAGUCGAACAGAACGCAAUGAAAGAAACUGCACAUGCGCCUAUGGGCAAAUAUUCAAUGGAGAAGUACAUGGAUAUGUCUGGUUUGUCCAACACAACUGUAAACUGUAACGAAAUACCGCCAAGGACUAAGGAAUUUACAUGGUAUCCAGACUACACAGGCUCAUACCCGCGGAUUCCAGGGUACAUUGAGGUACCAGUGGUACCAACACGAACUGCUCCCAGUGAUCCGAGGCCUGAGGCGCUAAUACAAAUGGAGGGCUACCAGCCUUGGACGUUGCCUAAGGGCUGGAACGGUCCAUUUUAUUGUGCAAGAGAACAAACACAUACAUCUCAUCAUAUCUGGAAGUCAUCACUUGCAGGGGAGAUUGCGUUCAACCAACCAGAAGCUAAUAUUUACCGACGUGGGAGGAAGAAAAGGGUGCCAUACACAAAACUGCAGCUUAGGGAACUUGAACGCGAAUACGCUAUUAGCAAGUUCAUUACCAAAGAUAAGAGGCAAAGGAUUUCAAUAUCAACCAACCUCUCAGAAAGACAAGUCACAAUUUGGUUUCAAAAUCGAAGGGUGAAGGAUAAGAAAAUUGAUUCAAAGCUUAAAGACUUCGUAUAGUUGAAUAUCACCCAGUGAAACAGAAUUAUACACUAGUUCCAUUUUUCAAAGGUUACAAUCAUUGUAAAAUAUUAUAUCAUGUGUACAUAUAAAUGUAUGCCUGUUAAGUUUCUGUUUCUGUGGGUUUUUUUUCUUCCUGGUAAUAAUUAGUUUUCCAUGUCUCCUGCUCUACAUGGAAAUUACUGGGGGAAUUAAACGAUGUAAUGCAGAACCCAUUUAUAAUUGCCCAAUUAUUUGCAUACAAAAUCCAUGCCUAGUCAUUCACUGUAAUAUAAAUUGCUAGCCAAUUUUCAGCAUCGUCACCUAAACCUGUUAUUAUUAUUUGUUUUUGGUAUGGCACUUGGUGUCUUAGAUAAAAGUAAUGAAUUAAUGCAGUGGCCUAUCGCUUUAUCUGAUUUCUCUGCAACAAGUCAAUACUGAUGACGCAGUAUUAAAGCAUGUAGUAUAUAUUGCACAUGCUGCAUUGUGAUCUAUAGGAAAACAUACACAACAUAUUAGAUAUGGAGGAUAUAAGUCAUAGAACCCCCAGUAUAACAAGACAGAAACUAAAGCCCUAAAUUGGUCAAAUACAUUUAAAUUAGCAAACGUAUGUUGAUUACCGCGAACCUAACAAGUCGCCGCUUUAAUGCAUCCUGCAAGGGCAAACUUGAGUCCUUGCUUCAUAUUACCAACCGGAUAAUUUUUUUAAGGGUAUCAAGCUGUUCUGUCAUAUACAUUUUAAUUGUCUAGUUUCUGUUUUUAUUCUUUUUGACAUGU